AUGAAGAAGAAGAAUAAGGAAAAUUGUGACGCCUUCACGUACGAGUAUGAAGUUGAUUCUCAUAGUCGACUGAUGCAUUUAUUUUGGUGUGAUCCUAUUGCUAAAAAGAAUUUCAUGCAAUUUGGUGACAUUGUCUCGUUUGACACUACAUACUCAAGUAAUAGAUGGUGUAUGUGGCACAUCAUGGCAAAAGUAGCUGAAAAGGUUCCUAAGUCACUUCUAGGUAAUUCUGAAUUUAAAAAUGAUUUGAAUUCAUGCGUUUGGUCUGAGUUGAUUGAACCCACCGAGUUUGAAGACAAGUGGAAGACUGUUAUGGAGACAUAUGAACUUGAAGGCACUGAAUGUUUUUUCAAGAGGUAUACUCAGUCCAGGGCUAACCUUGUUGUGUUUUUAAUGAAUUUCAACAAUGCUGUUGAUGCCCUACGAAACCACUCCGCAAAGCUGGAUUAUAUGGAUUCUAAUACUACCGCAAAGAUGAAAACAGAGUGGUCUCUUGAGAAGCAUGCAUCUACAAUAUUCACAGAUGGUGCAUUCAAGGAAAUUCAAGAACGAAUACUGGAGGCCUAUAACCACUGCAGUCUUGUAUCAAUAUCAAAUGAUUCAAGUCCAGAGGUUUACAAGGUUUUAGAUCAUUUUUCAAACACAUGGACUGUCACAUUCUCUGUGGAGGAUUCUGUGUGGCAAUGUGGUUGUAAGAUGUUUUCUAGGACUGGUCUUGUAUGCUGCCACAUCUUCCUUGUGUUGAAGAACAAAAAGAUGUGCUUGAUUCCCGAGAAUCUGAUUGGAGGUCGAUGGUUGAAAUCUCCUCUGGUUAAGGCUGAUCAUGCCGUCCAAUGCCAAGAUGUAGCAACACAUGUUUAUGUUGAUGAGAAGAAGGCACAAGCAAUUUUGUUGGGAGAUAUGUUGGGUCUAUACCAGACUGUAUCUGUCGAUAUUGAUCAAAUUCAUGAGCUGACAUCUAUAGUUCGUGAAGCAAGACAACAGAUUUUUGCCGACGACGUAGUAACGUCUACAGCCUAG